UUUAUAGUGCGCAGAGAUCCAGGAAAACGACAACAUAUUUUUGUUUCUUCAUCUCUCUCAGAUUUAACCAACCCCCCCCCCCCCCCCCUCCUUCGCUCUAAAGUUUUUCUGAACUGAACUCUCCGCCCUCUGCAUUUUUCACCAUUGCUAUUGUCUUCUUUCAUCUUUUGAGUUCAAAGUUUAUAUAUAUAUAAAGGGGUUGUAUAGUUUGAUCGGAAUUUUAAGAAAAAUGGCGUCAUCGACGGUAUCGUCAUGGAUGAUUGGGUCAUGCAUGUCAGUUCCUGGUGAAAAGGAGCAUGAAUUACAUGGUUUUUUUGGGAUUUAUAAGUCUAAAUGCAAAUGGGCUAUUCCAAGUAAAACAACCAAAGGGGUUUUCAUAAACUCCAAAUCCAAUAAUCCUGUUACAUUUCCAAUCUCUUCUUCCUUCUUAUCUCAACCUAACCGUACCAUUACUGGAUUUUCCUCUUCCAAUUCCUGCUUUCUAUUUACCGGAUCCGCAGCUACUCGUCCCCCAACAAAAAGUAUCUCUUCUGCUCAAACAGGGGAGGUAAUGGCAAUUGCUUCCCAAUCGGCCAUGGAGGCUGCACCAAAGAAGAAACCUCCAACCAAGGAAAGGCGAGUUGUUGUGACAGGGAUGGGUGUGACCACACCAGUUGGUCAUGAUCCCCACACGUUUUAUGAAAACCUGCUUGAAGGUGUCAGUGGCAUAAGUGAAAUAGAAGCUUUUGAUUGUUCUCAGUAUCCAACAAGAAUUGCUGGAGAGAUCAAGUCUUUCUCAACUGAUGGCUGGAUUGUACCCAAACUUUCUAAAAGAAUGGACAAGUUCAUGCUUUACAUGCUAACGGCAGGUAAGAAAGCACUCUCAGAUGGUGGAAUUACUGAAGACAUGAUGAAUGAAUUGGAUAAAAGAAGAUGUGGAGUUUUAAUUGGCUCUGCUAUGGGUGGGAUGAAGGUUUUUAAUGAUGCAAUAGAGGCUCUAAGGGUUUCCUAUAGGAAGAUGAAUCCUUUUUGUGUCCCAUUUGCAACUACAAACAUGGGUUCUGCCAUGCUUGCCAUGGACCUGGGAUGGAUGGGUCCAAAUUAUUCAAUUUCAACAGCAUGUGCAACAAGCAACUUCUGCAUAUUGAAUGCCGCUAACCACAUCAUUAGAGGUGAAGCUGACUUGAUGCUGUGCGGUGGAUCAGAUGCAGCAAUUAUACCAAUUGGAUUGGGAGGAUUUGUUGCUUGCAGAGCACUUUCACAGAGAAAUACCGACCCUUCAAGAGCUUCUCGGCCUUGGGAUAGUAAUCGCGAUGGAUUUGUCAUGGGUGAAGGAGCUGGUGUCCUGCUUCUGGAAGAACUUGAGCAUGCCAAGCAAAGAGGUGCAACAAUCUAUGCUGAAUUUCUAGGUGGAAGUUUUACUUGUGAUGCUUAUCACAUGACAGAGCCUCAUCCUAAAGGAACUGGAGUCAUCCUAUGUGUAGAGAAGGCAUUAGCUCAGUCAGGGGUAGCCAAGGAAGAUGUAAACUACAUUAAUGCGCAUGCAACAUCCACACCAGCAGGAGAUCUCAAGGAGUAUCAAGCUCUUGUUCAUUGUUUUGGCCAGAAUCCAGAGUUGCGAGUUAACUCCACAAAAUCUAUGAUUGGUCACCUGCUUGGAGCUGCUGGUGCUGUUGAAGCUGUGGCAACUAUUCAGGCAAUACGAACUGGUUGGGUUCAUCCAAAUAUUAAUCUUGAAAACCCAGAUGAAGGCGUGGAUACAAAUAUACUUGUUGGUCCCAAAAAGGAACGACUGGAUAUUAAGGUGGCAUUAUCAAAUUCAUUUGGAUUUGGUGGCCACAACUCAUCAAUCUUAUUUGCUCCUUACAAGUAGAUCUCUCGAACAAUAUUGAUGCAUCUGACAGAUACAAGGAAUAUUUGAAAGGAUCCUUGAUUCCCAGAGCUACUUGAAGGACACUCGUACAAGAGGCCUCAGUCUCGAAGAAUUUGUCUUUUGGAAGAUAGUCUAAUGACGGUGGUACUUCCCUCUGAUAUACAGAAUUCGUUUUAGAUGAUUGUUGGAGAAAGAAGAUCCUGAAGUGAAGAAUGGGAGAAGGAUCAAGUUUUAUCUCCAUAUAUAGUUGUGACAAUCUCCUUUUCUCUUAGCUAAAUUAUUAUUAUAUACUAAACUAAAUUGUUUCACAUAUAUCCUUUACACAUAACAGCAAAUGAUUUAUGUGACCCUUAGGUGUUUGCAUAUGGCCCUUAAUGCUAGUGUACUAGUUUCUUUGUAUACCAUAUAU